AUGCCUUCCACCGGUUCGAAACGAUUUGAGCUCCCCAAGCUGGACUUCAAGUUCGGCUCCUUGACCGAGGGAACCAACAUCCCCCCGCCGCUCCCCAGCCCCGUCCAGGAGGUCCCCACGCCUCCCCAGACCCCGCGUGUGAGCGAAACCAAGGACUCCGGUUCCGCCGUCAAGGAAAAGGCCGAGAACAAGACAAAUGGUCAUACGGCAGCAGUGCCAGGCUCGCCUGCCACCACCAAUGCGUCAAGCAGACAAGGCAGCAUCCGUCGUCUCUUCAGCCGGACAUUACUGAACCAAGCAUAUGCAGAAGGCGAAACCCAGUCCGCCCACAACCGUCCCAUGAGCCGAAGUCAGGGCAGCAUCAUCGACGAGAAGAAAUCGAAACGAAGCAGCGGCUGGUUCAAGAGGCUGAGGACCAGCGAAUCCUCUCCGCCACAAAAACGAUCCAGUGUCGUCUACGAGCACCCCAACGUCAGCGAGACCAGCAGCCAAACGCAAAGCAAGCCUCAGAUUCCUCAGCCGCAGGCACAAGCACCCGCACCUCAGGUCCAAGGACCUCCGCCGCCCAUGAUUCCCGAGCUAAGCGCCCUUCAGGCCAGGCUGGAUAUAGGAGACGGAGGCAGUCUCGGAGACGACUUGUUCAAGAACAUUAAAUAA